CUUCCAAAAACAUUGAGAGCCCAAACAAUUGCGUAUUUCCUAUUCCAGGGUUCCCGACUUCCCGUUUCCCUUGCAGUUGCAGAGAAGGAACUGAAGAAAGAAGAUGGUGGUGGGUCUGAACGCUGGUGACCGCAUCAAGGGAUCGUGGAGCCCCGACGAGGACGCCAAGCUUACAAGGUUGGUGGAGCAGAACGGACCCCGUAACUGGUCUCUUAUCAGCUCUGGCAUACCUGGUCGAUCGGGGAAGUCAUGCAGAUUAAGGUGGUGUAACCAGCUAAGCCCCUUGGUCCAACACCGCCCUUUCACCCCUGCUGAAGACGCUAUUAUCAUCAAGGCCCACGCUACCCACGGCAACAAGUGGGCGACCAUUGCCCGCCUCCUCCCUGGUCGGACUGAUAACGCUAUCAAGAACCAUUGGAACUCCACCCUCCGUCGGCGACUCGCCUCCGAGUCGUUUUCCGCCACGUCCGAUCCUGAGUCAGAGUCCGACUCCGUCAGGAAACGCCGUUGCCUCCGUGUCUCUCCGGAAAACAACAGUUGUAACGACGACGACGACGCCGAUGAACAGCGGAAGGCCGAACCGGCGACGUUGCUAACGUUGUCACCGCCGGGGGAGAGUUUAGGGACGGCCUACGGUAAGGUGGAAGAGGAGGUUGUGGUAAAAAGGGAUAGCGAAGAAAGGGAGAAAGAGAGAUGUACGGUGGAGAUUAAAGAUAUGUAUUUGAUGAACAUAGUGCAGCGUAUGAUUGCGGAAGAGGUUAGGAACUACAUUGAUAAAGUACGAGCUAAGGGAGAGCUUGCUCUUGGGUUCGAAUCGGGAACCGAUCAAAAUACCCAUAACACUUGGGAGCUGAGAAAUCGAGAUUAAUAAAUAAUAAUACUUCAAUUAAUCUAUUUUUCGUUUAAAAAUUUUAUUCUUUAUUUUCCUCCUUACUUCUUGUUCCUCUGUUCUUUACAACUGUAUAAAGAUUUAAAUACAGCAAGUGUAUGGAAGAAUCGAAAUAUCGAACACCAUUUCUCCUUCCCUUUUUAUCUUCAAUUCUUCGUUGUUAUAUCACCAACAAAAAAUAACCCCUUCAUUGUCAUGUUUUCCUUUUCCCUUUAGUUUUGAUUUUUGAACACAGAAGUUAGGGUUAGGAGGUGCCAAAAUCCAGGCCUGACUGGAGGGCACUGUUACGAUAGGGACCCGGUUAUCAUGUUCUAAGAAUAAUGAAGUCAAAACACAUUCACCUUUU